CGCGGGCACCAGCUCACUCCUCUGCCGGAUGAGACGCGGGAGGAUGCGCACGUAGGGGAAUGAGCAGCCGCUAGUGAAUGAAUGAAGCGAGCAGGACCACUUGUUCCACAGUAACCACACGUCUGGACUGACUGAAGAUGGCCUGUGCAGGCGUGAUGUCCGCUCUCCUGCUCCUGUCGGCCCUGCUGCUCCUGUCCUGUCCCACAAACACUCAUGCUGCUGCAGAGAACUGCUCCGCCUCUGGAGACCCCUGUCAGGAGGGUGUGGUUCUGCCCGUGUGGAACCCACAGAACCCGUCUGUGGGGGACAAAGUGGCCCGGGCCAUUGUUUACUUUGUCGCUCUGAUCUACAUGUUCCUUGGCAUGAGCAUCAUUGCAGACCGCUUCAUGUCUUCUAUUGAGGUGAUUACCUCACAAGAGAAGGAAAUUACCAUAAAGAAACCCAAUGGAGAGACCACCACAGCCACAGUGAGGAUCUGGAAUGAGACUGUGUCUAACUUGACCCUGAUGGCCCUGGGCUCCAGCGCUCCGGAGAUCCUGCUCUCUGUGAUUGAGGUGUGUGGCCACAACUUUGAGGCGGGCGCCCUGGGGCCCAGCACCAUUGUGGGCAGCGCUGCGUUCAACAUGUUUGUGAUCAUUGCCCUGUGCGUGUACGUGGUCCCCGAUGGAGAGACACGCAAAAUCAAACACCUGCGCGUCUUCUUCGUCACCGCCGCCUGGAGCAUCUUUGCCUACAUCUGGCUGUACCUCAUCCUCAGUGUCUUCUCACCUGGAGAGGUGGAGGUGUGGGAGGCAGUGCUUACCUUCCUCUGCUUUCCUUUGUGUGUGGUCCAAGCCUGGGUGGCCGAUCGCCGCCUGCUCUUUUACAAAUAUGUGCGCAAGCGUUACCGUGCUGACAAAAGCCGUGGCAUUAUCAUCGAGUCUGAAGGCGGGGACAUGUUGCACGGUGGGGCUCUGGGCGGAUUCACUAAGAUGGACAUGCUGGAGUUAGACGGCCAGAUGGCACUCAACUGCCAGGGCACGGACGGACUGAUGGAGGAGGGCGGGGCUAAGGACGAGGAGGACGAGGCACGGCGGGACAUGGCCAGGACUCUGAAGGAGCUCAAACAGAGACACCCUGAUAAAGACAUGGAGCAACUCAUCGAGAUGGCCAACUACCAGGUGUUGAUGCAGCAGCAGAAGAGUCGUGCCUUCUACCGGAUCCAGGCCACCAGGAUGAUGAUCGGUGCAGGGAACAUCCUCAAGAAGCAUGCAGCAGACCAGGCGAGGAAGGUGGUGAGCAGCCAGGAGACCCAGGCCCAGGAGGAUGACCCCCACACGGUGCGUCUGGACUUUGAGCCUGCGCUGUACCAGUGCUUUGAAAACUGUGGAUCACUCAAACUGACUGUGUCACGCAGUGGAGGAGACCCAGGAGUCACUGUCAAGGUGGACUACCGGACUGAGGAUGGCACCGCUAAUGCCGGCUCAGACUACGAGUUUGGAGAGGGCACGCUGCUGUUCAAGCCCGGGGAGACCCUCAAAGAGAUCACUGUGGGGGUGAUUGAUGACGACAUCUUUGAAGAGGAUGAGUACUUCUAUGUCCACCUGAGUAACCCACGUGUGGUUGGCUACCCUGAGAUAGGCACCGCCCCCCUGGACCCCAGUGCCACGCCCAAAGCUGUCCUGGGCAAAAACCCCACGGCCACAGUGACCAUCUAUGAUGAUGACCACGCAGGAAUCUUCACUUUUGAGGGGGCCAGUCAGCGGGUGAGCGAGAGCGUGGGGGUGAUGGAGGUGAAGGUGCUGCGUACAUCCGGGGCCCGGGGUCUGGUGGCCGUCCCCUACAGGACGCUGGACGGUACUGCCAAAGGAGGAGAGGACUAUGAGCUGGCAGCAGGGAAGCUGGAGUUCCAAAAUGAUGAGACCAUGAAGGUGAUCGAGGUGAAGAUCAUCGAUGAUGAGGAGUAUGAGAAGAACAAGACAUUCACCAUUGAGCUGGGGGAGCCCAUCCUGCUCGAGAUCGGACAGAAGCACGGUGACUCAAACGAGAACAAGCCUCCAGUGGGGGCAGAGGAGGAGGAGGUGGCCAAGAUGGGCUGCCCCAGUCUGGGGGAGCACACCACGCUGGAGGUGGUCAUCGAGGAGUCCUAUGAGUUCAAGAGAGCAGUAGAUGAGCUGGUGUGGCGUUCCAAACAGAGUACUGUGGAUAAGCUGAUAAAGAAGACUAACCUGGCGCUGGUGGUGGGGAGCAGCAGCUGGAGAGAGCAGUUUGUCAGUGCAGUGACUGUCAGUGCAGGUGACGAUGAUGAGGAGGAGAGCGGGGAGGAGCGCCUGCCCUCCUGCUUUGACUACAUCAUGCACUUCCUGACAGUAUUCUGGAAGGUGCUGUUUGCCUUCGUGCCUCCCACAGAGUACUGGAACGGCUGGGCUUGCUUCAUCGUGUCCAUUUCCCUCAUCGGCGUGCUCACGGCUGUCACCGGAGACCUGGCUUCACACUUCGGCUGCACCAUUGGCCUCAAGGACUCUGUGACCGCCGUGGUGUUCGUGGCUCUGGGCACCUCUGUUCCAGAUACUUUUGCCAGUAAAGUGGCAGCCAUCCAGGACCAGUACGCAGAUGCCUCCAUCGGGAAUGUGACGGGCUCCAAUGCGGUCAACGUGUUCCUGGGCAUCGGCGUGGCGUGGACCAUUGCCGCUGUUGCCUGGCGAUCCAAGGGCAAGGCUUUCCGUGUGGACCCGGGGAACCUGGCCUUCUCCGUGACCCUGUUCACCAUAAUGGCGUGUGUGUGCGUAUGCACGCUGCUGUACCGCCGCAGGCCCUCUGUGGCAGGUGGAGAGCUGGGCGGGCCUCGGACUUGUAAGAUCGUAACAUCGCUGUUGUUCGGCACGCUCUGGCUCAUCUACAUCCUCCUGGCUUCGCUGGAGGCCUACUGCCACAUACCCUCCUUCUAGAGACCUGCUGCAGUGACAGGGCCAAGAAAAAAAGGAAUCCUUGUAUUUAUUCAAAUCCAUGCUGGCUCUUUCCAUAGGGCAAAGACACAAGUGGAACAUAUUUAUGGCAUUAGAUAUGAUGUUUCUACUCUACAUCCACACUGACAUGUUGUUUCAGAAUUGCUUUAAGGUUAGUGUUUUGUCGCUCCCACAUCAUCUUUGAGAACUAAAAAUGCUGGUUGGCCUUGUCUCCAGAGUUUUUAAAUCUUUCGACAAUUUUGUUCUUAUGAUUUCAGCACAACUUACUAUCUAAAAUUAAUAUUUUUAGCUAUAAUUAAUGUUAAAGUGGCAGCUAUAGAUCACAUAAGACCCCUCCAAACACAGAUAGAAAGCUACAAGACACUAAACUCAAGUCAAAGCACAAGGGGACAUCUGCAAUAGUUUAGUUUUUGUGCAUUAAAAUAAUGGCUAUGUACAUCAUCCAGCCUCAUUCGGUUUUUAGAUCGUGGACUUAGUCAAAUGUUUCACUUCAAAUAACUAAAACACAUAUUUAGCUUCCUAAUCCAACCCAGGUCUAAACUAGGGGUGAACGAUACACCAAAACACACAAAUCACAAUUUUCUUAGAACCAGAUCACCAUUUAAAUGUUUUCACAAUUCAUGUUUUCUUAGUAUCUUAUAAACAAUAUUUAAGAGGCAACUAAAGCUAUCUACUAUUUCUGAAAGCCCGAGCUUCACAGAAGUUGACCAGUAGGAACAGUGGAUAGUAGAAAGUGUUUGUUUGACCGUAGAGCUGCAUUAAACAAAAAUGUGAAGCAUCACAAAAUGAUGAUUUUACCAAAAUAGCAGUGAUCAUGUGAUUACCAUAUUGCCCAGCCCAUGUCUAAACCAGGACUAAGACUCUAAUCUAUCAGGAGAGACUGCUCCAGACGGGAUUUUCAGACCCAAAUAACACCAUUGUUUUACUAUUGUACACCAAGUCUGAAAAUAUCACUGAUUUGAAGUAUACAUUUGAAUUGAAAAAAGACGAGUUCAGACAAAGUCCCCAUUGUGCUGUUUGUGUCUUUGAAACAGUGUGGAUGUAGAGCUACAAGAACACAUUAUUCUUUUAGGAUUGGGACCAGAUCUUAUGCCACAACAUCUCACCAAAUAUUCCCACAAAAGCAGAUAUUCACCAGAUAAAAGUGGAACAUUGACUUGAGAUAGAUUUCCAAAAAGCAGUAUUACAAUAACGGCGAAAAUAUUCAAAUCAAAUAUCAUGAUGCCAAAAUUAUGACCUGAACUACACAACAGGAGAUACCACUUUAUAACUGCUCCUU